AUGGCAUAUAUUGAUACCCAGCCCCUUGAAACUUUCAUUUUUGAAGGUCUUCGGCAAUUUGUGGGUGAGCAUGCAGGAUCACGCCAAUCAGUGGACACAGCCUCCGAGGUUGUUCACUCCCUGUCGUUGGCGCUCAAGAACACCGUGCUAUUUUCCCAGGACUUGCAUCCUUCCGACUUCUCAAGUCAAUUAGAAGAUUCUCUUGACUGGGUGAAACGUCUGAAACCUAUUUUGAAGCUUGUUUUCAAGGCUGACGGGUAA